AUGCGACGGCCAUUGGCGAGUGGAAUAGCUGCACCUCAUCUGCAAACAGCCGCGCGCGGGCCAAUCGAGCCAGCAGACGAAUAUUACGCACAUCGCGAUGAGUCGCAAGAUCGCCCUCAGGGAGUCGCACUGCUGCGGCGCCAGAGCAGAGCGCGGGCCUGGGUCGUCUCAGCACACGCAACGAGGGCACCGCGGGACUAUGGGCUUUUGCGCGCCGCAGUCGUCGGCAAUCAAAGCCCAUGGCAUCCAUAUUGCCAUGUCCAGACGCCAGCAACAGCCUGUUCGCCGGCUGCAGGGCUGCUGCCGAGUCACCCACAUGGCCGCAUCCUCUGGAAUGCGUUGCGCGGCCAGCAGAAGCAGCGACCAGACAACCGCACGGCCAGCCGGGCUCUCAUCGCCAGACGCCCCGUGACGGCCGCGCACUCGAGGCAGCGCGACGAGUGGAGUGGAGUCGCAGGCGCUGCGCACCUGCCGCUGUCAGCGACACCCGCCGUCGCCAUGGCCGCCUCGACGAGCGAGCGUGACCUUAACCCGACCGUCGAGGACUACCACUCCGACGAUAGCGAGGACCCCGUCCUCGAGUCGUUCCGGCGCUCGCCCGCCGCCAACGUCGCUGCAAAACGCUCUCAUCCGUCUGACCUGGGCUCCGAUAAGGCCCAGCCAGACAAGGAGAAGGUGCUUCACAGCGACCUCCAGAGCGACUCCGGGUAUUCCAGCCACACCGCCGGGACCAUGAGCAGCGCUGAUUCGGUCCCAAGUGCGAAGAUGUCGCAAACCUCCACGGCUCCCUCGAGCGCUGCCUCCAUGCCCCCUCCCAGUCCCGCGGCCACUAGACGACGACCGACCGUUGUCGAGGACCGCAGGAAGACGACCGAGAGCCCGCGCAAGCCGUUGCAGCGCAACAACUCCACGGCCUCCAGACAACGACCGGCUGUCACCCGGAGACCCACCCUCGCGCAGGCCGAGGAGUGCAGGGACCCCAAUUGCAAGACGUGUGGGCCCAAUGCACCUCCUCCUCGACGUGGCAGGCGCGAGUCCCUGGCCAUGGACUCUGGCCUCGACGUCUCCUAUUCCCCUUCCGACGUGCGCUCGCAGCGCUCGGAUCCCGCACCCUCGACAUAUGCCUCGCCGCCCUCUCCGACUUAUAACCGGCAGCCCGCUCCCUACAUGCAGGGCUCAACCAUGGUGCAGCCCGCCCAGACACGUCCAAGGGCCUCGUCGACUGCUCGCCGUCCCAUGAGCUACCACGGAGACCCAGGACAGAACUAUUUCGUGCCGGGCAUGCCCGCCCCGUAUCCUAGCCCGCCUCAUGAAUACGGUCCACCGCCCGCCAUGCCCACUCACUACUCGAUGCCACAACCUCAGCACCAUCCUCAGAUGGCGCCGUUCAUGAUGAAUGCCACGCCUCCUUCUCAUUACUACCAGGGCGGCCAUCCAAUGGCUCAGGCUCAGCACAUGCCCCAAACAUCACCACCCUAUGAGCACCAAAGGCCACAGCUUUCGGCUCGUACUGCUUCUAACUUUCCCGCACGCAGGCCCGUGUCUGGAUUUGGAGGUGCGCUGGUCACUUACGACAACAAUAAAGCAGAGCAGUCUAUGCCGUCCGCCCGCUACGGCAACGCUCCUCAGAGUGCCAGGCAAGAGCGCUUUCCCAUGAAAGCACUCAUGCCAACGGCGCACCACGACUCCGAGAGCUCCGAGGAAUACGAUUCCGAGUACGAGGAAGAGGCACCUGUCGCCCCUCCACCGAAGCAGCUCAUGCCGCCGCCCAAGAUGAAGAGUAGAUCGAAGCAAGAGCAGAGGCCUGUGCUUCGUCACGCCAAGACUACACAAGUCACCCAAGUUUACAAUGAUCGCCGUGAACGUCGCCAGUCCGUAUCCCAGUCUCAGACGUUGCCAGAACGUCCCAGGGAGAGAGAUAACCGAACUUCCCGGGUUAGCACUGCACCACCCUCGCGGUCCAUCUCCGUCAGCCGACCCGCGCCACCCAAGCGUGUGACACAGUCGGCUUAUGACACGCCUCGUGCAAGAGUGCUAGUCGAGAACCCCAGAAGUAGCCGUCGUCAAUCUUACCAGGCUUACGAGCGGGCCUACGAGCCGCAGUAUGAAGACGAUUAUGAUUCCGAACAAGAGGAACGCCGUCUGCGUCGUCGUUCAAAGGUCUACCGCGCCGACGAAGACGAUGCCAUCGUCGUAACCGAACGACCCGCUCGCCGCCGCACAGAUGCUUCCGUCAAACGCGCCGAGUACGUCGUUGGAAAAGAGACGGCCAGGGUAAUGGACGACGUGGAGGCAUACCAGCAACGCACCCGCGGAAAUUACGAGCCCUUGAGCGAACAGGUCCACAAGAUUGCUAAACAGCGUGCUUCACGUGUACCUUCGGACCCUGACCGCAAGACCCGCAUCAGCCAGUCCGCCCGCACGACGGUUACUAACGGCAACAACAACGGCGAGAUCCGCCUUCGUGUUGAUGCCUCUGCCCCUCUGAGCCUUUCUUUCAACGGGGACAUGGAAGGUCGUACCCUCCAGAUCAACCCCGCGGAAGACGGCAUGGCCGAUAUUGUUAUCGGUGGCCAACGCGGGGAAGAUGAUGUCUACCGUAGCGAGAGAGGUAGUGUUAGGGGCAGCAGGAAGUCAAUGAUCGCGGGUUCUGCCAGACGUGAAGCCGAAGAAGUCUCAGUCAAGAGUGGACGCAGCAGCCAGGGCCGACGGGACCGAGAGGUUGAAAUCGAAAGCCGACGAGACCGCGACCGGGAUGCAGAGAGACGACCUCUCAGGCGCCAGACCAGGUACUACUAG